AUGGCCGAUCUCUUGCCGACAAGCACAUUGUCUUAUGAUGAUUGGGCAAACAAAACCCUCGAAGAACUAAUCGAGUAUUCCCUAGAAUCUAGUCCAUUCCGGGAUUUUGAAUGCCCGCUUCGAUAUGCGAUUUUACCUAGUGCAUGGAUAUUUAUCACCACCGUACCCACGUUGCCGAAUGGAAUGCCGAUUAGGCCAGAAAAUCGUCCGGAUAGCGAUCUACCGGUCAUUGCUAUGCUUGCCGCGGCGGGUACCUUUGAAUUGUUUUUUGUUGGUCACACGAUACGAGUGAUUGCAAGAAGUCAGAUACUGAGCAAAGCCGUCAAAUGCUAUAUGCUCAUCGAGUUGAUUGCAAAAUUCCUCUUUGCAAUCAGCAGAUUCAAUCGAAUCAUUUGCAUUAUAAACUGGUACUGUGUGGCAACUGAUAACUAUCCAUUCUCUGGUUUAAUGCUUAAUUUUAUCAUAACUGCCUGCGAGUUUGCAUUGGAGCUAACAAUAAAACUAGUGGCUGUUGCCUUUUGUAUCAAUCGCUUUUUCGCAGUCUUUUUCAAUGGAAUUUACUUCACCCAGGCUGAGCGUCUAGCUCUUCCACAAUGCUCGAUUUUAGUCAUCAUUCCAUUGAUCGGCUAUUUGAUGCAAAUUGGCACAUUGACCAAUAAAACAACGGACUAUGUUUGCUAUGGCGGAACGUACUUCAGUCCAUUAAAUUAUCUAUUAAUGACAUUCUACUCAUGGAAAGCCCUUCUACAAUACUAUUGGAAAGACUGGAUCGAUAUCUAUGCGGCUCCAAUUUCCGCCGGCUUGUCUAUCCUUCUCGAUUCGCUCGUUUUGUGGAAAAUCCGGAGAUUGAAUACGACGAUCAACUCGACACAAAGAGGAAAUGCCAACAUAAAGUUGGUGCUUAUGAUGUUGAUCACAAAUUUGAUCUCACUAGUCACCUAUCUGCAAAGACAAAUCUUACGAGUCGACAUCGGCAUAACUCCAUCCAAUUACAAGCAGAAGAUACUUGGUCAAUAUUAUUACGUCACACUUCCCCAGAUGAUUUUUCGUGACUUGCAAACUCUCUGCGUUCUACUCUUCAAUUUGCCACCUCGACAACCAAAGCACCAACCACCAAUCCUUUCAAAGCAAAGUGCUUCAAACGGCAACAUAGCAACGAUAAAAGUUGAU